GGCUAGAAUACUGGGGUGGGUUGCCAUGCCUUGCUCCAGGGGAUCUUCCUGACCCAGAGACUGGACACACAUGUUUCUGGAUCAGUUAGUACUUCUUGAUGUCACUGGUUUUAACACAAGAUAGGUUCUGAACAGUUUUCAUUUGCCAUUUUGGUAUUAUGGUAAAGUAUAUAUGGUAUCAAACUUAACAUUUUAACCACUUUUAAGUGUAUAGUUCAGUGGCAUCGGGUACAUUCACAUGGCAAUCAUCACUACCAUUCAUGCCCCAACUUUUUCCAUCUUCUCCGACAUUAAACAGUAACUUCCCAUCUCUCCUCCCUCUACCCCUGCCAACCACUUCUGAACAUUCUUUUACAGCAAAAAGGAGUGUUGACUUUGACCUUGGUUUACAACCAGAAAUGUAAUUAGAUGCAGGAGCAGGGUGAGGAGGGGGUAAAUGUCAAUUCAGCACUGACCGUCUUUGGUAGGAGACACCUGGGGAGUGUGCCGUGGUAUGUGUGUGUGUGUCUUUAAAAGAUUCUCCACCUCCCGGCCAGCCUCCUCACCGUUUGCCACUGGGUUUUGCAGCCUGCCGGCUGCCUCAGUCCAGGCUAGGAGCUGGCAAUCUCCUUUGUAGUUUCAGGAGCAGUUUUGUUGCCAUGGAGGCCACAUUCUGAUUUGCGCAAUGUUAAGGUAAUCCUUUGCUUUUAGUUUCAAAGAUCUGCCCCAAAGAUAGGCUGUUGCUCUUCUUCUGGAAAAGCCUGAUUGGUAGGUUUCCUCCAAGCGCUCAGUCUGAAGUGCUUUAUCCUAUCCUCUCACCAACUUCAAAACUCAAGCUCUCCCAGGGCCUCUGGAAGGGAGUCUGGGGCUUCCAUCGAUUUCCACAAAUGGCUGAUCCUGGAGGUGGUGCUGUUUGCAAUGGGACGCUUCACAAUCAGCGUGCCGCCGACUGUCACGGGGGAAACUGCUGGAAGAACGGGGUGGUGAAAGAAGCUCAGCAAAAUGGAAAUUCAAAUUUUUGCAAGCCAUUUGUGGAAUCCUUUGAGGAAGCACCUCUUCAUGUCAUGGUUUUCACUUACUUGGGAUAUGGAAUUGGAACGCUGUUUGGCUAUCUCAGGGACUUUCUGAGGAACUCGGGAAUAGAAAAAUGCAAUGCAGCCGUGGAGAGAGAAGAACAAAAGGAUUUUGUGCCACUGUAUCAAAACUUUGAGAAUUUUUAUACGCGGAACCUUUACAUGAGAAUCAGAGACAACUGGAAUCGGCCCAUCUGCAGUGCCCCGGGAGCUGUGUUCGAUGUGAUGGAAAGGGUGACAGAUGACUACAACUGGACAUUUAGGUUUACUGGAAGAGUCAUCAAAGAUGUCAUCAAUAUGGGCUCCUAUAACUUCCUUGGCCUGGCAGCCAAGUACGAUGAAUCCAUGAGCACAGUAAAGGAGGUGUUAGAGACAUAUGGCCUCAGCGUGGGCAGCACAAGACAGGAAAUGGGAACCUUGGAUAAGCAUAAAGAACUGGAGGAUCUUGUGGCUAAGUUCCUGAAUGUGGAAGAUGCUAUGGUAUUUGGGAUGGGAUUUGCGACAAACUCAAUGAAUAUCCCUGCACUCGUUGGAAAGGGAUGCCUCAUUUUAAGCGAUGAGUUAAACCAUGCAUCUCUAGUGCUUGGGGCCCGACUCUCAGGCGCGACCAUAAGGAUCUUCAAACACAACAACAUGCAAAGCCUAGAGAAGCUCCUGAGAGAUGCUGUCAUCUACGGCCAGCCUCGAACCCGCAGAGCUUGGAGAAAGAUUCUCAUCCUAGUGGAGGGCAUCUACAGCAUGGAAGGUUCCAUCGUGUGUCUGCCCGACAUCGUGGCCCUGAAGAAGAAAUACAAGGCUUACCUCUACAUAGAUGAAGCUCACAGUAUUGGGUCCGUGGGCCCAACUGGCCGGGGUGUGGUGGAGUUCUUUGGAAUGGACCCCAGAGAUAUUGACGUAUUUAUGGGCACAUUCACCAAAAGCUUUGGAGCCGCGGGAGGUUACAUAGCUGGAAGGAAGGACCUUGUGGAUUAUUUACGGACUUACUCCCAUAGCGCUGCUUAUGCCACGUCCAUGAGCCCCCCGGUAGCAGAGCAAAUCAUCAGAGUAAUGAAACUCAUCAUGGGACUAGAUGGGACCACAAAAGGACUGCAGAAAAUACAGCAACUGGCAAAAAAUACAAGAUACUUCAGACAGAGACUAAGCAAAAUGGGAUUCAUUGUCUAUGGCAAUGAAGAGUCUCCCGUGGUCCCGCUGCUCCUUUACAUGCCUGCGAAAGUAGCGGCUUUUGCAAGGCAUCUAUUAAAGAGAAAAAUCGGUGUGGUGGUCGUUGGAUUUCCAGCUACACCCCUUGCAGAAGCGCGGGCUCGGUUUUGUGUUUCAGCAGCACACACCCGGGAGAUGCUGGACACGGUUUUGGAAGCCCUGGAUGAGAUGGGUGACCUCCUGGAUGUGAAAUAUUCCCGGAACAGGAAGUCAGCACGCCCGGAACUCUAUGAUGAGAUGAGCUUUGAACUUGAGGAUUGAGUUUCCUGGACCUAAAUGGACCCUAAAGGCUUGGCCAGAAAGACCUCCUUCCUUGCCUCAAAAGGAAUAUAAAUGGAUUUCUCUUCCUUUCUAAGGACAGUUUUGGUUUCCAAAACAAUUUCAUUGAACCAAGGGAGACACAAUCGUUGUGUUUUUAAUGUCUCUACAGAGACAUUAACGUUCUCCUCCCCCAAGCAUCCUGCCACAAACACACACACACCACACACACAUUUCUUAGAAUAUUUGUAAUGGCAAAGAGCCUGCGUUUUAGCUGCUACUGUGCAGCCUCUUCGGUCCAGACCCUUUUAGGAAUUCCAGCCAAAUGAGAGAGUUUUGAUUUUUUACUUCAGUAGAUCUCACCAUGUGUUCGCUAAUUUUAUCUGCAGAUGGGGGCAAGGGCGGUGGGCAGUAGCUGGACUCUUUGUUACCCAUGAAAGAACCAGCUAGAACUCAUCCAUAUCAUGGGAAGUUCCAGGCAGGAGGGUAAAGAAAUGUUGUCUCUACCAUUUGCCACAUUUGGACUUUUUCCAAGGACAAGUGUCAGAAGCCAUAUUGAGUGUUUGAAGGGAGAGCGCAGACCUGGCCAGCAAGACCAAAGACGUCUUUACAGGAAACUUUCCUUCUCCUCUUCCUGGUUUCCUGCAGUUUUAUAGCCGAGCUUUUGAGGUUUGGAAAAUGCAAGACUUUUGUUUCAUGGGGAAGAGGGAAGAAAGCAACCAGCCAACUGUAGGCCUGGACUAAAAUGAUGAAGGUGUGAGCGUCCUUGGUGCGCUGCGGAUUGAACCUUUCGCAUCGGUUUUACUACAUUGAGCAACGAGCUGUCAUUUUCCUGCUGGACGUGGAGGACGUGGGGAAAUGCAAGUUCCUCUAGAGUGGACUCCCAAGACAACACUUGAAGAACGGGUGGUUUCAAAAGUGACAUUUAAAAGUAAAUGCUACUCCGCUUUUCAGUUCCGACCCCUCCAUUCAGACCCAUUAAACAGUACUGUCCUCUGGCACAAGCACUCCACUUGGCUGCUAAGUGGGCCUUUA